UGGACUGGGACUCUUUCUAGCUCUCAUUGAGAACAGUGCGGGGUUGGGGGGGGGGAGGGAGAUAGGACAGGAGUAACGGGGCAAAAACAGGUUGGGGGUUGUGGUCGAGGUGGGGGGUAAGGCCCUGGGGGCGUUUUCUCCCCUUGGGAUGCCCCACUCAUUUCUUUUUGUCUCCUUUCUCUCCCCCCACACACCUGACCCCUUUUCCCUUUCUUUUUUUUUUUUUUUUUUUCCCCUCACUUUUUCCUUUCAUUUUUGAUCCCUCCUGCCACCCGCCUUCCUGGCCUUCCUUUCAUGUCUGUGCUGGGCACCUCCCUGGUGGGGGUCUUGAUCUUUCCCUUGGCUCGCUAUUUCUGUCUUCCUAUGUUUUCUGUCUGCUCGGCCUGCCUCCUCCCUCAAUCUCUGUGCUGCCUGUUUCUCUCUCGUGUGUCCGGGUCUCUUGGUGGCCGUGGGGUCUGUCUCCGGCUCUCCGGGCUUCUUUCCGUUUUCCGCCCUCUGUCCAACUUUCUCGCCUCUCCUAUCUCUCCCGCCUUCCUUGCUUAUCUCUGCCGUCUCUCCCGGCCUCCCUGUCACUCCCCCCCCCUACUUCUGUCGCUCUGGCUUAUCUCUGCCACCUUCCUCUCCCCGUCUCUGUCACUCUGCGCCUCUCUACCCCCCCCCCCCCCCGUCUCUGUUUCUCCUUUCCCUCUCCCUCCUUGUUCCCGUCCAUGCCUCCCUCCAACCAUCUCUCUGUGGCUGUUUUCCUCUCACUUCCUAUCUCCCUGGGUCUCUCUCUCUGCUCCCAUUCUGACCCCAUCGCUGUGGGUUUGUCACCCAUCCGUCCUGCAUCAUUGUCCACCCCAUUCUUGCCUCGUCUCUUGUCCCUCCCUCUGCACCUGCUCUGUCCCCGUUACCCACCUCUACUUUCCCUGGCUCUGUGGCCGUCCCUGUGCCUCGCUCUCUCCGUCUCUGGCUCUCCCCGUGCCCGUGCCUCUGUCCGCCUCUACUACGCCGACCUUUCCCUCUCCUCCCUCUCCCUGCGUCUCCCCUUCCCUGUAUCUCCUCUUCUCCGUGUCUCUCUGCAUCUUGUCCCCCCCGUCUCGGUCUCCCCAUCUCUGUGUCUCCCCCUCCUGUGUGUCUCUCUCCGCUCCCGGGGUCUCCCCGGCUCUGCGCGCCCCCUCUCCCGUGUCAGAGGCCGCCCGGAGGGGCCCGCAGGCGAUGCGCGGCGCCGGUGGCCCCCGCGGCCCUCGGGGCCCCGCUAAGAUGCUGCUGCUGCUGGCGCUGGCCUGCGCCAGCCCGUUCCCGGAGGAGGCGCCGGGACCGGGCGGGGCCGGCGGGCCCGGCGGGGGCCCCGGCGGGGCGCGGCCGCUCAACGUGGCGCUCGUGUUCUCGGGGCCCGCGUACGCGACCGAGGCGGCGCGCCUGGGCCCGGCCGUGGCGGCGGCCGUGCGCAGCCCGGGCCUGGACGUGCGACCGGUGGCGCUGGUGCUCAACGGCUCGGACCCGCGCAGCCUCGUGCUGCAGCUCUGCGACCUGCUGUCGGGGCUGCGCGUGCACGGCGUCGUGUUCGAGGACGACUCGCGCGCGCCCGCCGUCGCGCCCAUCCUCGACUUCCUGUCGGCGCAGACCUCGCUGCCCAUCGUGGCCGUGCACGGCGGCGCCGCGCUCGUGCUCACGCCCAAGGAGAAGGGCUCCACCUUCCUGCAGCUGGGCUCGUCCACAGAGCAGCAGCUCCAGGUAAUUUUCGAGGUGCUGGAGGAGUACGACUGGACGUCCUUCGCCGCGGUGACCACGCGCGCCCCCGGCCACCGGGCCUUCCUGUCCUACAUCGAGGUGCUGACGGAUGGCAGCAUGGUGGGCUGGGAGCACCGCGGGGCCCUGACGCUCGACCCCGGAGCGGGCGAGGCCGUGCUGGGUGCCCAGCUCCGCAGCGUCAGCGCCCAGAUCCGCCUGCUCUUCUGCGCCCGCGAAGAGGCCGAGCCGGUGUUCCGGGCCGCGGAGGAGGCGGGCCUCACCGGGCCUGGCUACGUGUGGUUCAUGGUGGGGCCCCAGCUGGCUGGAGGCGGCGGCUCGGGCGCCCCGGGCGAGCCCCCUCUGCUGCCAGGAGGCGCCCCACUGCCCGCCGGGCUGUUUGCAGUGCGCUCGGCCGGCUGGCGGGACGACCUGGCCCGGCGUGUGGCGGCCGGCGUGGCGGUGGUGGCCAGAGGCGCCCAGGCUCUGCUGCGUGACUACGGCUUCCUGCCCGAGCUCGGCCACGACUGUCGGAUUUUUCUCUGCCUUCACCCGCCUAGGGCCAGUCCAGGUACCCACAUGUCCCCUCCCUUCCUCCUGGGUAGGUACUUCAUGAAUAUUACCUGGGACAACCGGGAUUACUCCUUCAAUGAGGACGGCUUCUUGGUGAACCCCUCUCUGGUUGUCAUCUCCCUCACCAGAGAUAGGACUUGGGAGGUGGUGGGCAGCUGGGAGCAGCAGACUCUCCGCCUCAAGUACCCUCUGUGGUCCCGCUACGGCCGCUUCCUGCAGCCUGUGGAUGACACACAGCACCUCACCGUGGCCACGCUGGAGGAGAGGCCCUUUGUCAUUGUGGAGCCCGCCGACCCCAUUAGUGGCACUUGCAUCCGAGACUCCGUGCCCUGCCGGAGCCAGCUCAACCGCACCCACAGCCCUCCCCCGGACGCCCCCCGCCCGGAAAAGCGGUGCUGCAAGGGCUUCUGCAUCGACAUCCUGAAGCGGCUGGCGCAGACCAUCGGCUUCAGCUACGACCUCUACCUGGUCACCAACGGCAAGCACGGAAAGAAGAUCGACGGCGUCUGGAACGGCAUGAUCGGCGAGGUGUUCUACCAGCGCGCCGACAUGGCCAUCGGCUCCCUCACCAUCAACGAGGAGCGCUCCGAGAUCGUGGACUUCUCUGUCCCCUUCGUGGAGACGGGCAUCAGUGUGAUGGUGGCACGCAGCAAUGGCACCGUGUCCCCCUCGGCCUUCCUCGAGCCCUACAGCCCUGCCGUGUGGGUGAUGAUGUUCGUCAUGUGCCUCACCGUGGUCGCCGUGACCGUUUUCAUCUUCGAGUACCUCAGUCCCGUCGGCUACAACCGCAGCCUGGCCACGGGCAAGCGCCCUGGAGGCUCAACCUUCACCAUUGGGAAAUCCAUCUGGCUGCUCUGGGCCCUGGUGUUCAAUAACUCGGUGCCCGUGGAGAACCCCCGGGGGACCACCAGCAAAAUCAUGGUGCUGGUGUGGGCCUUCUUCGCCGUCAUCUUCCUCGCCAGCUACACAGCCAACCUGGCCGCCUUCAUGAUCCAGGAGGAGUAUGUGGACACCGUGUCUGGGCUCAGUGACCGAAAGUUCCAGCGGCCCCAGGAGCAGUACCCGCCCCUGAAGUUUGGGACGGUGCCCAACGGGUCCACGGAGAAGAACAUUCGCAGCAACUACCCGGACAUGCAUAGCUACAUGGUGCGCUACAACCAGCCCCGCGUAGAGGAAGCGCUCACUCAGCUCAAGGCAGGGAAGCUGGACGCCUUCAUCUAUGAUGCGGCUGUGCUCAACUACAUGGCCCGCAAGGAUGAAGGCUGCAAGCUGGUCACCAUCGGCUCGGGCAAGGUCUUUGCCACGACGGGCUACGGCAUCGCCCUGCACAAGGGCUCCCGCUGGAAGCGCCCGAUCGACCUGGCUCUGUUGCAGUUCCUGGGGGACGAUGAGAUCGAGAUGCUGGAGCGGCUGUGGCUCUCCGGGAUCUGCCACAACGACAAAAUCGAGGUGAUGAGCAGUAAGCUGGACAUCGACAACAUGGCGGGGGUCUUCUACAUGCUGCUGGUGGCCAUGGGCCUCUCCCUGCUGGUCUUCGCCUGGGAGCACCUGGUGUACUGGCGCCUGCGGCAUUGCCUGGGGCCCACCCACCGCAUGGACUUCCUGCUGGCCUUCUCCAGGGGCAUGUACAGCUGCUGCAGCGCGGAGGCCGCCCCGCCGCCAGCCAAGCCCCCGCCGCCGCCGCAGCCGCUGCCCAGCCCCGCGUACCCGGCGGCGCGGCCCGCGCCCGGCCCGGCGCCUUUCGUGCCCCGCGAGCGCGCGGCGGUGGACCGCUGGCGCCGCGCCAAAGGUGCCGGGCCUCCGGGGGGCGCGGGCCUGGCCGACGGCUUCCACCGCUACUACGGCCCCAUCGAGCCGCAGGGCCUGGGCGUGGGCGAGGCGCGCGCGGCGCCCCGGGGCGCGGCGGGGCGCCCGCUGUCCCCGCCGGCCGCGCAGCCCCCGCAGAAGCCGCCGCCCUCCUACUUCGCCAUCGUGCGCGACAAGGAGCCGGCCGAGCCCCCCUCCGGCGCCUUCCCCGGCUUCCCGUCGCCGCCCGCGCCCCCCGCCUCCGCCGCCGCCGCCGCCGCCGCCGCCGCCGCCGUCGGGCCGCCGCUGUGCCGCCUGGCCUACGAGGACGAGAGCCCGCCGGCGCCCGCGCGCUGGCCGCGCUCCGACCCCGAGAGCCAGCCCCUGCUGGGGCCCGGCGCGGGCGGCGCGGGCGGCGCGGGGGGCGCGGGCGGCGGGGCCCAGGCCGCGCCACCCCCGUGCCGCGCCGCGCCGCCCCCCUGCCCCUACCUGGACCUCGAGCCGUCGCCGUCGGACUCGGAGGACUCGGAGAGCCUGGGCGGCGCGUCGCUGGGCGGCCUGGAGCCCUGGUGGUUCGCCGACUUCCCCUACCCGUACGCCGAGCGCCUCGGGCCGCCGCCCGGCCGCUACUGGUCGGUCGACAAGCUCGGGGGCUGGCGCGCCGGCAGCUGGGACUACCUGCCCCCGCGCAGCGGUCCAGCCGCCUGGCACUGCCGUCACUGCGCCAGCCUGGAGCUGCUGCCGCCGCCGCGCCAUCUGAGCUGCUCGCACGACGGCCUGGACGGCGGCUGGUGGGCGCCGCCGCCCCCGCCCUGGGCCGCCGGACCCCCGCCCCGGCGCCGGGCCCGCUGCGGGUGUCCGCGGCCGCACCCUCACCGCCCGCGGGCCUCGCACCGCGCGCCCGCCGCCGCCCCGCACCACCACCGGCACCGGCGCGCCGCGGGGGGCUGGGACCUCCCGCCGCCGGCGCCCACCUCGCGCUCGCUCGAGGACCUCAGCUCGUGUCCCCGCGCCGCCCCCGCGCGCAGGCUCACCGGGCCCUCCCGCCACGCGCGCCGCUGCCCGCACGCCGCGCACUGGGGGCCGCCGCUGCCCGCCGCGCCCCACCGGAGACACCGGGGCGGGGACCUGGGUACCCGCAGGGGCUCGGCGCACUUCUCCAGCCUCGAGUCCGAGGUAUGACGCGGCCCAGGGGGCCCCCGGCGCCCCCUCGGUCAGCGCAGGCCACGGCCCGAGGGGGCACGCGCAACAGACAGGACCCGCGUGGGUUGGGAAGGAAAAGUUGGACC